UAUCGGUUACUAGUAAGAGUAAAGAGGUUCUUCGAAAAUUGGCUGCCGAGAAGUUUUUGUCUGGUUGCAGUGAUCAUACACAACCGGAAAUAAUCAACAUCUGUAGCGCACAUACUGCCCUCUGAGCCAGCUCAAAAGCCAUUCGCUGAAGAUCUGUAAUCAGCUCCAGCCUUGCCACUUUCCUUCUCCUUAUCUAAAUUUUCAUCAAGAUUAUCUGAGAAGAGUCCAACCCGCAAUUGAAGAAUGAAUCAAGCUAAAGUAAAGCGUCGUGUGGGUAAAUAUGAGGUGGGAAGAACGAUCGGCGAGGGGACAUUCGCCAAAGUGAAAUUCGCUAGAAACUCGGAGACUGGGGAACCCGUGGCUCUUAAGAUUCUCGACAAAGAGAAGGUUCUCAAACACAAGAUGGCUGAACAGAUCAGGCGGGAAAUAGCAACAAUGAAGUUAAUAAAGCAUCCAAAUGUCGUUCAACUAUACGAGGUAAUGGGGAGCCGGACGAAGAUAUUCAUUGUUAUUGAGUUUGUCACAGGAGGAGAACUAUUUGAUAAGAUUGUAAACCAUGGACGGAUGAGGGAAGAUGAAGCACGCAGAUAUUUCCAGCAGCUUAUUAAUGCCGUUGAUUAUUGCCAUAGCAGGGGUGUUUAUCACAGAGACCUGAAGCCAGAAAAUUUGCUGUUGGAUGCUUAUGGAAACCUUAAAGUUUCUGAUUUUGGAUUGAGUGCCCUGUCCCAACAAGUCAGGGAUGAUGGCCUGCUUCACACCACCUGUGGGACACCAAAUUAUGUUGCUCCUGAGGUUCUUAAUGAUAGAGGCUAUGAUGGGGCAACUGCAGACUUGUGGUCAUGUGGAGUAAUACUCUUUGUAUUGCUUGCAGGUUACUUGCCUUUUGAUGAUUCUAAUCUUAUGAUCCUGUAUAAAAAAAUUUCAGCUGCUGAAUUUGUUUGCCCUCCAUGGCUCUCUUUUGACGCCAUGAAAUUAAUAACCCGAAUCUUGGAUCCCAACCCUAUGACUCGUAUUACUAUACCUGAAAUGUUGGAAGAUGAAUGGUUUAAGAAAGACUAUAAGCCCCCUGUAUUUGAGGAAAAAGAGGAUACAAAUUUGGAUGAUGUGGAAGCUGUCUUUAAAGAUUCUGAAGAGCAUCAUGUGACAGAGAAGAAGGAAGAACAGCCAGCGGCUAUGAAUGCAUUCGAGCUAAUUUCAAUGUCAAAAGGGCUAAACCUUUCGAAUUUGUUUGAUAUUGAACAGGCAUUUAAGAGAGAAACGAGAUUUACAUCUAAAUGCCCUGCCAAUGAGAUCAUCAAUAAGAUUGAAGAAGCCGCAAAGCCUCUUGGUUUUGACGUACAGAAGAAAAACUACAAGAUGAAGCUUGAAAAUGUGAAAGCUGGAAGAAAGGGAAACCUUAAUGUUGCUACAGAGAUAUUUCAAGUGGCACCUUCUCUUCAUAUGGUUGAAGUUCGGAAAGCAAAAGGGGACACUUUGGAGUUUCAUAAGUUUUAUAAAAGCCUCUCAACCUGCCUGGACGAUGUUGUUUGGAAAACCGAGGAAGACAUGCAAGAAAUGAAGUAAAUUCCUGUUUCCACUUCAAAGUAUUGUCCAUAACGAUUUGUUCAUGCUGUACCUUGCAAAAUGUUGUAUUGUUCAAUGUUUAUUCUUUUCUGUCCUCCUUUCUUUCCUUUCUCCAUCCACCUCUUCCCCCUUUCUUUAGUUAGACAACGUGUUAUCGAUUGUUUUCCAUGUUAUUAUUGUUGGAAAGCACGGACAGCUCCCAUAGAGGAUCAAUGUUUGUCUUUUUUGACACUUGAAACAGAACGAUCUUUAUUUGAUACUAUAAAUGAGAAUGAUGUGUUUUUUCUCA